AGACUCCAGCGCUGCGUGUAAAGGCGGAUUGCUAUUCGAAUUGGAGCCCUGGUCCAUAUUUCUUCCCUCAUUGUCUUCCAUAAUGGCUCCCGCUCUUCUCUUCGACGAGGACUUCUUGUCUCGGGCGCAGGACCUCGCCACAUUUCCAGCAGCGACGAAAUCGCCUCUUCCGAAGAUCGCCGAGAUACACUCCGCGGCGUACGAACGGGAACAGGACCUAAUAAACGACAUUGUUGAUAGUUUGAAGGCGUCAGGUGGUUGUUUGCUGCGUGGCAUGUAUCAGCAAUGCACGCUCGACGUAAUGGAAAAAGAGAUUCGACCAUACAUUGAAUCGACGGGGAUGGCUGAUUCCGAACGGGACGAUUUCCACGGAAAUGAAUCUCGCACGAGUAUAAGUAAGCCUCAACUCAGCACGACGGUCACAUUCUCGGUCGGACCCGGUACGCAAGCACAAGGACUCCAUCGCGAUGACGACAUUUACCACACUCAACAUCCAGCCGCGGCCCAGCAUCACCUCGGCCGUGAUACCAUGUUGUGCCUCUUCGUCGCGGGUAAGACCUGUACGAGGCACAAUGGCGCAACUCGUGCCGUACCCGGCAGUCAUCUCUGGGACUAUACCUCACCUCCGCCCUCUUACGAAACCUCGCCAGAGAAGUUCGCUCACGCGGAGAUGGCACCGGGCGAUGCCUUUUUGAUGCUGGGCGGCGUCUAUCAUGGUGCAGGAUCGAAUACCACAACAGACGAAGAGAGGCUGGUAUAUGCGGCGUUCGCAACGCGAGGAUACUUGCGCCAGGAGGAGAACCAGUACCUCGCGAAUGAUCUUCAGAAGAUCAAGGAGCUUCCACUCGAGUUGCAGAGGUUCGCUGGAUUUGGUGCGAGUAAGCCGUACAUGGGUUGGGUGAAUAUGGAGGAGCCAGUCAAGAUCCUCAAUCCUGAGGUAGAAGUUGGCGACAUUGGCUUUUGGUAAAUGGUGUUAUUCGCGGUUGCAAAGCUAAUCGAGGGGUUCCACGGGGGAUGAGGCGGCACCGAAAAAGU